AUGAGACUCACAAAAUUGUUCCUGUUUUUAUCAUCAGCUCCAGCGGGCGGCAUUAAACACCCUUCCACUGCCCGCAUUGGACACCCUUCCACUGCCCGCAUUGGACACCCUUCCACUGCCCGCAUUGGACACCCUUCCACAGCCCGCAUUGGACACCCUUCCACUGCCCGCAUUGGACACCCUUCCACUGCCCGCAUUGGACACCCUUCCACUGCCCGCAUUGGACACCCUUCCACUGCCCGCAUUGGACACCCUUCCACUGCCCGCAUUGGACACCCUUCCACUGCCCGCAUUGGACACCCUUCCACUGCCCGCAUUGGACACCCUUCCACUGCCCGCAUUGGACACCCUUCCACUGCCCGCAUUGGACACCCUUCCACUGCCCGCAUUGGACACCCUUCCACUGCCCGCAUUGGACACCCUUCCACUGCCCGCAUUGGACACCCUUCCACUGCCCGCAUUGGACACCCUUCCACUGCCCGCAUUGGACACCCUUCCACUGCCCGCACCCCCUCUCACACCACCUGCUUUCCCCCUCCACCCUCCUCUCUUCACAUGCCUGCCUCGCCUGCUGGGAGCAGCGGGCGUGGAGAGGAAGGAGUGGAGGGAGGAGAGCCAGGCGGUGGCCUGGGUGACCUCGCGGUGCAGUAG